AUGUUCUUCAUGUCAAUCUUUUUGUUUUGGUUUUUGCACUUUCAACCUCGCGCGAUGUCGAGUGUCGUUGACAGUGAGGCACACUUUGACCUUCGUUUGAGUGAGCUUGGAUUGAGUGAUCCUUUCAUAAAUGCACUGAAGAAUGGUGGGAUCAGGACCUUAUCUCAUUUGGCCUUUUCCAUAGGCCAACCCAAUCAGGUGCUUUCCAACGAUGAUGUCACCAAUUUUCUUCAGGGCCUCCUCGGGCGCGCUCCGUCGCUCGUUGAGAGUAGCAGUACAAAGAGGCUCACUUUUGAAGCGCAGACAUAUGUUGUGGCUACUCUCCGACAAGGGCUUGAGCAGCAAGAUGAGGCUGUACCAAGGAGAGUGGCCCAUGCAGAGAGGACCACAAGGAUGAGUGCACUUCAGUUGGCGUUGUCCGGAGUCUCAAUUUCUGGAGAACUUGACCCUGCACACAUUCUUCUUGACAAAGCAACUGCCAUGUAUGAACAGAACAUUGUUAAAUACAUUGAGCCUUCAGCUUGCAUCAGCAGGGCUUUUGAGGUGCAGGGCAAAAAGGAGUCUCGCGAGUUGAGUCUUGAGAAGGGCUCAUUAGUUCUCAAAGCAGGGAGUGAAAAGUUGACCUCCCCAACUGAUACAGAGCUCAAAGUGCACUACGCUAUGCAGAGGAGGGCGCUCGCAUUUCAGUUUGCGAAUCUCAUGAGCUAUGCCCAACACAAUGAGUGGUUCAGUUUUCUAGUUGACGCUCUUCAUCGUGAGGCUCCACCGGGAUUUCAGCGUCCAAGUCUUGCUCAACUUCUGCAAUGCGACAGGGCAGCAUGGACUCGACUAGCAAGCAGUCUUUCAACGAUCCGUCAACGGGCUGAUGGAACAUAUCCUCUAGGAGAAGCACCGCUCAACCUUCGUGCUGAUCCAAACAUUGUCCUCUACUUGUCGCCAGUUGCAAAGCUGAUUUCAGUUUCAUCGGAGUCCAGUUCAUGGCGGGCUCAGCCCUACGGAUCACAGAAGGGCUCGGAGCGGGGCAUAGAGAAAGGAAAAACAAAGGGAAAGGGCAAAGGCAAGUCAUCUGCCCCUUCAAUGCCUGCGGAACUACGAGGCAAGUGGUACAAGAAUGCUCAGGGAGAGCCGCUCUGCUUCGGCUACAACACUGCUGCAGGCUGCCAACAUUCGAAGACAGUCCAAGAUGGAGAGCGCUGUCCGAAAGGUUGGCAUCUUUGUUGUGAACCUCGUUGCCAAGGCCCUCAUCCAUUGAGCAAGCAUGGCAAGAGUGGGCAGUGA